AUGGCAUUUUUCAGACACGAUGGUGCAAGUAGUAUUGAAUAUGUAGACGCCAUUCCUGUUCAUCAUAAGACAAAUAAGCAAAAGCGAUUAUGGCGAUUUAUAGGGAUGGGUGUAGCAGCUGUUGUGAUCAUUGUGAUUGUGAUCGUAGUAGCAGUAGUAGUGACAAAUAACAAAAAGAACUCUAGUACAAACUCAUAUUCUGUUUCUCCUUAUUCUCAAAUCAAAACAAUUGUCACUCAUAAUGAUACUGCACUUCAACAAAAAGAACGAAUCUUUGUUGUAGGCGAUAUCCAUGGUUGCGUCAAUGAACUCAAUACACUGGUCAAUAAACUCAACUUUAACCAGACAACAGACCAAUUGAUUCUAGCAGGCGACUUGACUUCUAAAGGACCUGACAGUAUUGGUGUCAUUCGACGAGCUAAAGAAUUGGGCGCCCUGUGUGUUCGUGGUAAUCAUGAUGAUAAAGUAGUACGUUUCAAGACAUUUCAAUUACAAAAUGGUGAGAAUGCCAUGAAGCCACCUCAAGCAACAAUGCCUGAGGGAGAUGUGCCUGAUCCACUUAAAUUCAAAAAUUAUCAUGUGCCCAUUGCAUUAAACAUGACUCAAGAAGACUAUGACUAUCUCUACAAUUGUCCAGCUAUACUUCAUUUGCCUUUCCUAAACAACACGGUCAUUGUCCAUGGUGGAAUUGAUCCCACUAUUCCAUCACUAGAGAACCAAGUGCCUUAUUGGGUGAUGAAUAUGCGUGAUAUUGAUAAUAAUAACCAACCUAAUAUUGAAAAGGGUACUGGUACUCAAUGGGCUACUGUUUGGAAUGCAGAUCAAAAAAAGUUAACUGUCAACAAUACCUUAAUCUUUUAUGGACAUGACUCAAGUCGAGGAUUGAAUAUUCAACAAAGUACAUUUGGAUUAGACAGUGGCUGUGUCUAUGGGAAUCAAUUGACAGCCAUGAAUGCAAGAACAAAAGAAUUAACUCAAAUUGAUUGUCCCACUUAUGCAAAGAAAGGUGGAGACAGUGAUGACUAG